AUGCAAAUCAAUGGAUUUCUGUGGUCUGCUCAACAAAUGAUCUGCACUAAGGCCUUAGCGGUCUCAGACCUCGAUACACUCAGGUCCAUCGUACUUUCGUCACCAAUAUGCCACAAAGCAUAUCUCAUGGUUCGAGAGGAACUUCUUCACACUAUCCUCAAGGCUAGUUACGGAGAAUUCCUGGACCUGUCCGAGGCAAUUAUCGCGGUUAGGUCGAAAGACCUCUGGCUUGAGCACCACGAGGAACAAGCUAUUGCCUUAUUAGAUCGAUGGCGUCGCAGAGAGGAAAUUAAGCAAUUCUUCCCAACGUUAGCAGCUCAACUAUAUCAGCCUGGCGACCUGGAGGAAACCAUCAAGCUACUAAGAUUCCACACAAUUCUACAAUUCUUCUUCGAGGACUACACGAUGAAUUUACCGCGACCCUCGUGGAUCGAACCUGCUCGGUGGAAACAAGAACUGCCUAUCAAAAUGUCCAAGAACGAGAAAUGUCGCUUCAUGAGAGCAUUAUGUCGGCUACAAAUUUAUGGGAAUAUUUUUGGCCCUCCAGAAGAUCGCAAACAUUUGUGUCUUCCAGCCGGCGAUCUUUCCAGCGAUGAAAAGUUGUUUCGGCUUUUCCUCGGGGCGAUGCCCCCUUGGGAAUAUCACGAGAUGGGGUGUGUAGGGUCUUACCUCCAGACUAAAUACGAUCCAGUCUUCGAGAAGGUCUCCACCGGAUUGCGCGACGCCAUGAAAAAUGACCAAGGUCGAUUUUUUUGGGAUGUUCUAUCCGACGAUGAAUGCCCACCCCCUGCGGUAAUUGACAGGGUUGAGGAUCUCCCACAGAUUCCUACGUAUGCGGCAGCAUUAACUUUCAUGGGACCGGAUUUUCUAUACCGUGCUUUACACUCGACACCCAUACCACAGCGCAACCUGGUUAUUGGAAACCUCAAUAGGUCUUUUUUCCCUGUCUUUGAUGGCAAUUUUCCAAUUUGGUAUGAGCGAAUUCCAUUCACAGAUCCGGCAGAUCGACAUUAUGUUCGACACUUUGAGCAAUUCUGGUCCACCCUGCCACCUCUUGAGCAACCUAAUCUGAGCUGGAGGAAACUCGGUUUAGUUCCGCACACGCCUGAACAAACCUUAGAGAAUGCGCUGGAUAUGGAUAAUGAUCAAAAUCUUGAGAAUGAAUGGCCGUGGGGGUUUGCUCUGUGGGAUGAUGCAAGAUUGAAAAAGUGGGAUGCACCUUUGUUGAUAGAAGGAAGAGGGGAUGCUCCUCUUUUACUCCUCACAGCACCCUGA